AUGUCUCUCGACGAACCGAACAAAGUCAUCAAGGUCCUCGCCUGCGAUGGGCGGACGGGCGAGCAACGCGAGAUCGGCUACACCGGCACUCAUGUUGUCGGGAACGGCUCCUUUGGCGUCGUCUUCAGCGCUCAACUCGUCGUCGGAUCCGUCCAUCCCUCUGGCAAGGAAGAGGUCGCGAUCAAGAAAGUCUUGCAAGAUAAACGAUUCAAAAAUCGAGAGCUCCAAAUUAUGAAACUGCUGAUCCAUCCAAACGUUGUCGAUCUACGUGCUUAUUUCUAUUCGAGCGGAGAUAAGGCAAAGCGCGAUGAAGUCUUUUUGAACUUGGUGAUUGAGUAUGUGCCCGAAACCGUGUACCGGGCCUCCCGCCACUACUCCAAAUUAAAGCAGGUCAUGCCGAUCUUGAACAUCAAGCUAUACGUCUAUCAGCUCUUGCGAUCGCUAGCCUACAUCCACUCGCUUGGAAUAUGCCAUCGAGACAUCAAGCCUCAGAACUUACUAUUGAACCCCUCGACCGGAGUGCUCAAGUUGUGUGAUUUCGGAUCGGCAAAGAUCUUGGUGGCUGGAGAACCGAACGUCAGUUAUAUAUGUUCGAGGUACUACCGAGCACCAGAGCUGAUUUUUGGGGCAACCAACUACACCACUAACAUUGAUAUCUGGUCGACUGGAUGCGUCAUGGCUGAGUUGAUGCUCGGCCAGCCUUUGUUUCCUGGCGAAAGCGGAAUCGAUCAAUUGGUUGAGAUCAUCAAAGUCCUCGGCACUCCCACGCGAGAACAGAUCAAGACGAUGAAUCCUAACUACAUGGAACACAAGUUUCCCCAGAUCAAAGCACACCCGUUCCCGAAGGUAUUCCGACCUCGCACGCCACCAGACGCAAUAACGCUGGUCUCGAACCUGCUCGAAUACACGCCCUCGUCAAGAUUAACGGCGAUCGAGGCGAUGUGCCAUCCGUUCUUCGACGAGUUGAAGCUACCGGACACCAAAUUGAGCUCGGGAAAACCGUUGCCCGAGUUGUUCGACUUCACCGAGCUCGAGUUGUCCGUCAAGCCCGAGUUGAUCAAGUCCUUGGUCCCCGAAUUCGUGCGGGAAAAGUUGAAGGUCGAGAGGAAUAUCGAUGUCGAUAACUUCAAACCCGUCGAACUUCCGAAAUUUUCCCUCGAUUAA